CUUCGACGCCCUUUCGCCUGCUGGCCUUGCUAUACUACUCCACCAGUCCAAGGAGGAAGAAGAGCACUACAACCAGAUUCCGAGGCAUUUUUAGCAGGAUGAAGGCUAAGCUCGUGGUCAGACGUGGACAAAACCCUUCAACUCUGGGAGUAAUAGUUUACGAUGCGAAGCGAUUUUCGCUAAGCCACAGCUCAAUCAUUGAGGAGGCUCCACUGCAGGCAUACUGUUCUGCUCUAGUGUUCAGUCCCGAAGCGAGCAUUAUUCGGCGGCUCUACAUACAUCAGCAUCCCAAGUGGAUCGUACGGGCACCAGUGCUCUCAGAAGACUGGAGUGUGCAUCUGCAGACACUAAGCCAUUCGAGUGCGGUUUGGGCCGUCGCGUUCUCGCCGGACGGCCGGCUCACCGUGUCGGGCUCUCGCGACAAGACGGUCCGGCUAUGGGAUGCGGCGACGGGUGCACUGCGCCCCGGGAAUUGCUUGGCGAUCGCGGACCAAGAAAGUCCUUGCCCCCUCAGCUGGAGGAUCUUCGCGUCGUCUGCUGACGUAUACUUCGCCCUCCUUGACGUUGACGCCGGCUUGCCCUUGCACUUGGUAGUCCCGGUGUUCUUUUGUCUCGCUGGGCGGUGCCUCCUCGCGGUAGUCCCCUGAGUCUCCGUUCUACAGUGUCCCGCUCCGUGUUCUACGGGUGGAUCCUAGGUGAACUGCACCGCGAAAAUGGGUGGCGAACCGUCCAUUGUAAUGCGCUUGAGCACUGCGUCUCCAAGGGGCCAUUCCUUGAAU